UAUCACGAGAAAUGUCUUGUGAUUGUUUUGUGAUCCUCUUCUUGUUUCUGACCUCACUCGCAAGAAGCAAUUGCAUUUAGGAAAUACAUUUGACAAAGGAUUUCUUUUGGACAAUUUAAGUAGGUAAUGUGAUUGCGUAACAAGGAUGAAGUUGCUGUGAGGCUAUACAUCAGCUAUAAAAAUGAAUCCUCAAUAAGGACUUUAUGGAUGUGAUAUUUUCGGAGAGAUUCACAGUGUGGUAAUCCCAUGGCAUCUGCAGCUUCUGCUGAGCUCAGACCAUCAUCAUGGUUGAACUAUUUUUUUCUCUACGAUGGUUCAAAAGUUAAGGGGGAAAGUGAUCGCACUAGAGCUGGAAUUAAUUAUUUUCACCCUCCACAGACCAUCAUCGACCAGCAAGAGUUACUGUGUGGCCAAAUCGCAGGCGUUGUCCGUUGCAUGACUGAGAUCACCAACUCUCCCCCCAGACUUAUGCGACUGAGGAAACUGAAAUUUGCUAUUCAGGUGCACGGGGACUACCUGUGGGCUCUCGGAUGUUCUGUAGACAUCAGUGACAUCAGCUGCAAACGCUAUUUGGAGGAUCUAAUUGGCCUUUUCCGGUUUUAUAAUGGACCUUUAUGGAGAGCUUACAGGAUAUAUCCUCACAGCGACUUAAGCGAGGAAUGGAACAUUUACAUAGACCACAUUCAGAGCAACACCACUGACCUGCACAGAAUCUUCAACUCUUUGAUUCACGUAGACAAAACCAAGGUAGAUCCAUUACUUUUGUUAAAGGCAACACUUAUUUUGCAAACCUGUCAACGCUUUCCUCAUGUACUUGCUGGUUGUAUUUUGUAUAAAAAUCGGAUAGUGAGUACACAGCUGCCCCCCACGCUUACAUCCAAGAUUCUAAUUCAGAGGAUUGGCUACGUCCGAAGGCCACCUUCAGUCGCCAGUUUCCAAAGUAGCGAUCCCGUUUUGCCAGAUAAUGUCUGCAUGCUCCCUGUAUACAUAAUGGAGAAGGAAGCAGUUGCGCUUCGCCAAUACCCUACCCAGUGGAUGACGAGGUUACCUACUUCUUCAAGAAAGACUUCAAGUGCCUCUCAUUGUCUCAGUGAAGAAGGACACAAUAAUCAGUCUAAUGGCUCUGACGACAUGGCACUAGAGAAGGAAAGAGGGAAGGUGGCUUCUCAAAAGUCCGAAUUUUCAGCAGAACCAGCUUUGGCUUGUGUCACAAGGCAAGAGUUGGAUACUGGAGGUGUGCCUCUAGAAGAGUCGUUAGUCGGGCCUUUGCCAGACACUCCUUUACGAAGUUCAUCAUUGAACGCUUUAAGUAAAUGUGAUCCUGCCGAUGAAGUUGAUCAAGUUACCUUAACUGAGGACAGUCCUCCGAAGGUUUUCCCCGAUGAUACCUCUGAUAAUUUGUUACUCCAAGCUUUGGAGCAGAAUGAAGGUCUACCCAUUACCGAGAGUGAUUAUGAAAUAAGAAGUGAGCGUCAGUCCACUGGGAGUUUUGUAACAUGCGAUUCCACAACAGAAUUAAAGAAAGGCAGCCAAGGUUCUUUGUGCUCUAGCAUGGACAUCAGUGAAGACAGCUACCAUCAAUUUGCUGCCAUGUGCCCAGAUAUCUCUUAUACGAUCACUCCUGAAAAACAGUUAGAAUGUGACUAUAACACACGAUUUAAAGAUAAUAUUAGUGAUUUAACAGAUGCUACAGAUGCAGAAUCAGAAUCCAAUGAGAAGGAUACCAGAACCUCAGAACUAAUACCUCCCUCCUCAGAAAGCACUAAUGUUAAUCUCACCGCUAAGGCAUCCAGCAUCACAGAUUGGACGCUAACCCUUGACCCUUCCCCUUCAGCUAGCAGUGCCAAACUGGUACAGAUGGUUUUAUACGUCCACAAUAUUAAAGGCUUGGUGCUUUCUCUAAUGGCAGAAUGGCCUUUCAAGUACAACAAAGAAUCCAUUCAGGAUGUGUAUGACAGCACCUUGGCUUCACUCAAUGGACUGGAAGUUCAUCUAAAAGAAACCAUGCCUGCAGAAAAUAACAAUGUCGCAAAGACGGCCUACAGCUUCACUCAUUAUGACUCAAUUCAGAAUAUUCUUACUGAUAACCUGCCGUCUGUCUCAAACACACAUGACCGGCUUUUCCUUCGAGCUGCUACCCUAAUCCACUCUGACUUCAGUUGUCAUCAAUCUCUUCAGGAAAUGACUGUAAGAAACGCCUCGUCUGCCCUCUAUGCCUGUCAGAGUGUGGUCCAUCAAACGUACUUUCAGCAACUGGGGCCUCCGUUUAGGAAUUCUGGGAUUCCAGACCCGCAGGACACGGCCUUCCUUCUACCCGGCAGAGCAAAACAGAAACUCCUCAAGCACGGCUUUAACUUAUUGUAACCCCCUGCCUCGUCUGCAUGUAUUAUGGCUGCAUGUCUAUAGACUUUAAGGUAUAGGGACCUACUGACUUGGCUGGAAUAUAAAAAUCUAUAAACAUGGGGCUGGACUAUCUAUAAAUCAUCUGUGCUUCUUUUGUGCUGUUUAUCCACAACAACAAAAAGUCUUGGUGGACUCUAUAGUUAUCUAUUUUUUUUUUUUAAUCGAUGGACCAAUUUGUGCCUUAAGUGCUUGUUCAAAUGUCAUCAUUGCUGCUGUCAUUAAAAUAACAACAUCAUGAA